AUGGCUGCCGUGCUGGACGAAGUCGGCAAAUCCGCGGAAAAACUAAUAGACGAGGAAAAGGAUGAAAUUGCGGAAGAAGAUGAGACCGGUGCUGUAGAGGCUUCCAAGAAAAAGAAAAAGAAGAAGAAGAAGAAGAAAGCCGGUGCUGGUGAAGCAAGCGCAGAUGUUCCAGAGGGAGAAGAAGAUAAAUCAAAAGAUGAGGAUAAGGCAGAAGGUCCUCCAGAAGUUACAGAAAAUGGACCCGAAAGUGAAGAAGCCAAGAAGAAGAAGAAGAAACGUAAACCACGUGGGAAGGGUGCAGGAAACAAAGAAAAAGAUCUGAAUGGACCAGUAUCGGAGCUGUUUCCAGAUGGAAAUUUCCCUGAGGGUCAGAUUAUGGAACAUCCCCCUGCAGCGGGGAUAGAUGACAGAAAGGCAAAGGACCGAUUUAGCAGCGAAGAGGCUAGAGCUCUCGAUCGAAUGCAUAACGAUAUCUAUAAUGAAGCAAGACAUGCAGCAGAAGCGCAUCGUCGAACCAGAAAGCAUAUUAUGAAUUGGGUACAGUCCGGAAUGACCAUGAUCGAUAUUUGCAAUGAGUUAGAAGAUACAGCUAGGAAACUGAUCGGUGAGGAUGGACUGAAGGCAGGCCUGGCUUUUCCCACUGGUUGCUCUCGAAAUCACUGUGCAGCUCAUUACACUCCUAAUGCUGGAGAUCCUACGGUUCUUGAAUACAAUGAUGUUACUAAAAUUGAUUUUGGCACCCAUAUAAAUGGUCGCAUCAUCGAUUGUGCAUUUACUUUGGCAUUCAAUCCAAAAUAUGAUAAACUUAUUGAGGCUGUUCGCGACGCCACAAAUACCGGUAUCAAGGCUGCAGGAAUUGAUGUACAGUUAUGUGACGUUGGUGCGGCAAUUCAAGAAGUGAUGGAAUCUUAUGAAGUAGAAUUGGAUGGUAAGACUUAUCAGGUAAAAUCUAUAAGAAACUUAAAUGGCCAUUCAAUUGCGCCUUACCGAAUUCAUGCUGGCAAAACCGUCCCAAUCGUGAAAGGUGGGGAAGCCACGAGAAUGGAAGAAAAUGAAUUUUAUGCAAUCGAAACAUUUGGUUCAACUGGAAAAGGUUUCGUUCACGAUGAUUUGGAUUGUUCUCAUUACAUGAAAAGUUUUGACAGUGGGUUCGUUCCCCUGAGAUUGCAGAGCAGCAAGUCUCUUCUGAAUACAAUUAACAAACAUUUCAGUACUUUGGCAUUUUGUAAGCGAUGGUUGGAUCGUGUUGGAUGUACCAAGUAUCAGAUGGCACUGAAAGAUCUUUGCGACAAACGUGCCGUGGAAGCUUAUCCCCCACUGGUUGACAUCAAAGGAUGUUACACCGCUCAAUUUGAGCAUACCCUCGUCUUACGUCCUACCUGUAAAGAAGUGAUUUCUCGUGGAGAUGAUUAUUGAGUAGGUACACGUACAAGAUGUUUCUUAAUUAUGCUCAGCUUCGUUGCCAGGGGCAUUAUCGCUGUAACUUAGUUUUACAGAGCAGAGAAGGGUGUUACCAUACCUUCGAGGUUAACCACUUACGUGGGCUUUUAAAAUUGACGUAUUACUGUCCGUACCUGUGCAGAUCGCUCUGGGAUUAAAGUUGACGAACACAUUGUACUUUCUAUAAUA